AGGAGAGGGAGGGAGGGAGAGGGAGAGUGUGACUGUUGGCUGUUGAGAACAGCAGCAUGCAGGGAGAGAGCGGCCUUGUUCUGUUGUAGUCUCACUGACUGUGUGACUGUCUGUUUUUUCACUCCCUCCGUCAACCGCAAGUAGUUGGUCUUGGGAGUCAACUGACGGAGUAACCGACCGAGCAACUGACAGAUCAGGUGACCUACUGGCUAAUUCGUGGGCCCACGCGUACAUGCUAUGCUAAAAACACAUCUAGUGAAAUAUAGUAACGAAAAGUUAACAAAAAUACACGGAUUACUCAAAAUUUGAAGGCGGAAAUCUGAAAUUGAAAGGAUUCAUCACACUGGCCGUCCCACUGACUCCAUGAGCAUAAACGUUACACAAUCAAACAGGUGAACCAUGGAUGUGGCAGUACCGGAGGAGCCCCAGAAGAAAAUCUUCAGGGCGAGGAAAACUAUGAAAAUCAGUGACCGGCAGCAACUGGAAUCACUCCAUAACACCCUGCCCUCCAAUGUUGCCCCUUCCUCCACCGCCUCGACCUCUCCCCCUCCCGCCUUGGUGAACGGAAAGCACCCUGACAAAGGACAAACGGAGACGGAGAAAGACGGCGAGAAAAUGGAGAGUAACGCAGACAAGAGCCAGAGGGAGGAUUGUCCUUCCUCCCCGGUGUCCCGUUCGCCCACUCCCCCAGCUCUCUCUCUUUCCCUGUCCCCAUCCCCACCCGCUCAGUCUCCUGAGCACACAGCGUCGCCGACGGCCCCCUCCUCGCCAUCACGUCCAGCUGACCCUGCCGUGAAAGAGGGCGAGAAAGGAGAGGAGGACCCGGUGUCCGCGUGUCACUCGAAGGAGAAAAAGGAGAAAAAAGAUGGUGAGAAGGAGGAGGAAGGAGAGCCAAAGAAGGCCGGAAAAACAUCUGCCUCGUCAGAGAAGGAGAAAGAAGAUGACCUCCCUGAACCUCAGGAAUCCCCUCCACAAGCCUCCGCUGCCUCUUCCACACCUCCUGCCACUAACGGAGGAAGAGGAGAGGAGAAAGGGAAGGUGCCAGACGCUGAGAGACCCACCGAGUCAGAGGAAACCGUUGCCAUGGAUAUGGGUCCUGUGAACCUAGAGGAUGGCGCUCCCAUCCUGGACAAAAUGGCGGCUACCUCCUCCCUCUUCCAGUGCCCCGUCCCGCCAGCCAACACUUUUUCCUCCUCUCCAUCCCUCUCUCCGUCCAACACACCAGAGUCUGACCAGGAGGUGAAAGAAGGAUUCCUGGUGCUCAGUGAAGAGGAAGAGAGCCAGGGAGAGAAGGAAGAAGAGAAGGAGAACGAGGUUAAGGAUGAGAGGGAUGAAGAGAAGAUGGACGUUGACGCAGAGAAAGAGGGCGAGAAGGAGGAGAAUGCUGGCAUUACCACUAAGGCUGCGGCCAUUCCCUCCACCUCACCAGCACCCUCUGCUGGAGAUACAGCGGAAGAGGAGGGUUGUGACAGCGUACCUUCAGCCAGGAAACGUGCCAUGACCGGAGACUCGGACCCCGCGGGACACGCAGAGGGCGGAGAUGAGGAGGGGCCUGGGGGACCAGAGGGCCAGAGCAAGAGGCCCAGGGUGGAAGGGGGAGAGCUGGAAGCUCACCUGGAGCUGAAGAUCAACGCGAACCCUGAAACCCGACUCAAACUGGAGAAGGUGGUGCAGCAGCUGGUGGCGGAGCAGCUGCGGGUCUGGCAGCUGAGCGUGUUCGACAGGAGUCUGCAGGAGCUGAGGGAGCGCGUCGAGAGGAUAGACUGUGCCACCAAACACCAGCAGACCCUCAACACGCUGCAGGCCAAGAUCGCCCGGCUGACCAAGAAGUUCGGCGCCGCGAACCAGGCCAAGGAGAAUGCGCGGAAACCGCAGGAGAUGCUCUCAUCUCCGUCUGCUGCUGCCAGUACACCCAACGCCACUACAAACACCACUCCCACUUACCGGACCGUCCGGUCAAUUCUGGACUCCAAGCGAGGUGAGCAUCCCGGUCAGAACCAGACCCAGAGUCCAGCUAGCUCCACGGGCCCCCGGCUCCCCUCGACCUCCACCCCCCCGACUUCCAGCUCCGUGGGGCCGUCCCCUGUGCUGUCCCUCAACACUACAUCAGGUCCUGCCCUUCCCUCUACCUCCCUCAGCAGCGUGGGCUCCUCCGCCUCCCAGAACCAGGCCCUAAUGAUAAAGGCCGGCCCCGCAAACAGCGCCCUCGCCCCCAGCACCACAGCCUCCGCCCCGAAGCCCGUGUCCCUCCAGCCGCUGCUCAUCCAGCUGCCGCUCGCCGUCACCAACGCCCAGGCGGGGGCGCUGGUGAGCAACAGCAGCAGCGGCGUGGAGCUGGUGCCGGUGUCCUCCCUGGCCGGAGUGAGCACCCUCAGCAAGGCGAAAACGACGCCGGCGACCACCACGUUCAUCAUCCAGAAGCCGGCGGUGUCCUCGGCGGCGGCGGCGGUGCCCUCCUCGCCGUCGCUGCCGCAGAUCACGCUGGCCCGCGCCGCCGUGUACCCGGGCAGCAGCGGCAUCAUCAGCGUGCCAAGCGCCGGGGUGUCCGUCACCUCCGCCCGCACCCCGACCCAGUGCGCCUCCCUGGCGGGGGCCGCCUCGUCCUCCUCGCUGCCCGCGUCCGCCGUGCCCGCGGCCACAGGGGGGCAGUCGUCGGGGGCAACUGCUUCUGCACCAGUGUCCUCGGCCUCAAUGGCCUCGAAGACAGAUAAUCAAGCUACAAACCAUGCUCCAGACUCCACUACAACAAAGACACCUGUACAGGCAUCUCGCACCAGUCGAGCAGGGGCUGUUAUAGACCUGACUGAGGAUGAUGAUGAUGUACUAGUGACGGGAGUGAAGAAGGCUCCUGUCCAAUCGGGUGCAUCUGUAGCAGCAUCCCCUUCCUCUUCAUCACCUUCGUCAGCUGUCCAGCGAGCCACAGGCCCAGGUCCCGGUGCCCUCAGCCAUGGCACCAUGCAUGCUCAGCCAGCUGCUCAGACAACAGUGAAUGUGUUACAGAGACCCCAAGCUGUGGCCCCCAGUCGGGCCCUAUCCACUACCUCUAGGCCCCUCCCCUCUUCCUCUACUUCCUCCUCUUUGUCAGCCCCCCCUCUCCACAACUCUGGUUCAGUCACCGGGGCAGUUGGGGGUGGCAGGGGGCUGGUGGGGGUAACUGCGGCAGGGGGCAGUAACCAACAGGGCAGCCCUCAGGCCACAGGCGUCACAGUGAGGUUGUCCCCUCAGAGUGGUCAACAUCCGUUAAAUGGACCACAGCUUACAGUCCAUCAUCGCCCCAUGCAGGACUCCCCGUCUAAAAACCUCCCGGCUGCGACCCCGGGUUCCGCCCUCAACCCCAACCCUCCGGUCCCGGGCCUCCCGCCCCUGCCGUCGUCCCCAGCGCCGCCCCGCCUGCCCCCCGAGGCGGCGCACACCUCGCCCCCGCAGCAGCCGCAGCUGAAGCUGGCGCGGGUGCAGAGCCAGAACGGCAUCGUGCUCUCCUGGUCGGUGGAGGAGACGGACCGCACCUGCGCCGCCGUGGACAGCUACCACCUGUACGCCUACCACCAGGACCAGUCGGGCCCGGCCAGCUCCGCCGCGUCCCAGUGGAAGAAGAUCGGCGAGGUGAAGGCCCUGCCGCUGCCCAUGGCCUGCACCCUCACCCAGUUUGUCUCGGGAUCCAAGUACUAUUUCGCGGUUCGCGCCCGCGACGUCUACGGACGCUUCGGCCCCUUCUGCGAGCCCCAGUGCACUGACGUCAUCGCUCCCUCGUCCUCCAGCUGA